CACACAGCGCUUAUGGUAUAAAUUAAAAAAAUACAAAUUGGUCAAGUGUAGAAUGGUAUUUGGUUUGUACGGCAUGGUCGCGAACACACCAUGAGGGCAUGGAUUCGGCAUUCAAAUUAUUAUUAUUUAAUAAUGCGACUGAAUGAACAAUGAUUAUGUUGAUGAUGAUAAUGAUUAAGGUGUACAUGUGAUAAUUUUCAUAAAUGCAUUAUGCAACCAGACAGUUUACCGCCGUUUGUGUACCUGCACAACAAUUACACUUACAGACUCAAGUUAGGUUUCUACGCGGCGCCGAGUAACCCGAAAUUGUUUUCGAAAACCGUCAGGAAUGAACUCGACAAAUUGAAGUACAGUUACAACUCGGAUUUAAAAGGAUUGGUUAUGGGAUUUGGUCGAAUAAGUUCCAACCAAGUGAUACCAGCAGAUUACAGUCAUAACAUCAACGUAUCGGUUAAUGUCGACAUUUACAUUUUCCGACCACCCAUCGGAUCAGUUAUCGAAGCUGUUGUCAAUCAAGUGAGCGAGAGCCAUGUUGGCUGUUUGGUGCUUGAAUUGUUUAAUGUUUCGAUCGUACGGCCAGAAAACAAACCUUACCGUUGUUGGCAAGGUUCCAAAGUAAAGAAAGACGACAAGAUUAACGUAAGAAUUUUGUCUUUUGAUACAACCAAAAAACUACCUCACAUCACCGGAGAGAUAGUGUCCAAUAGUGACAAUCUACUGAGUGAUAGCGGAGCCGCUUCUGAAAGUGAAGCAGAAUUUUUUUCAACAAAAGCCAGUUCCAAAGUAGCAUCAGAAAGCGAUACUGAGAGAGAAACUGAAGUAAUCAUGAAAAGUUGUCCCAACUCGUCGUCAAGUAGUCCAUUGCACUCCAGUUUUACUCAGAAUGUUUCUGGAUCCGAACACAGUGUGAACAGCCUUAGUGUGACCAGACAUAAACGAUUCGAACAAAUGCAAAAACAUUUGGAAAAGAAGAAAACCGCCAGUCAGCUACAAUCACAAGUGUUUAUUAAACCGAGCGAACAGGGAGGCGAUCAAACUAAGUUUGUAUCAGAUACAAACAGUCCCACCAAGAUGACAAAAAGUCCUAACAAAGCUAUAAAGAGUGCUAUUAACGAUUCCUUCAAACUGACCAACACCUCUUUAAAUCAUAAUAUAAAUAAUGACCUGUCCAAGAGAGAAAUUUCAGAUAGUAAGAAAAAAAAAACCCACCAAGACAGUACAAACACUACAAAUUCCCCUUCGGCUUUGACCAAGCUAAAUCAGAGUGGAACAAAAAAUACUGACAGCAGUAACAGUAGUAGCAGCGACGAAGAAAACAAAUCAUUAAUGAAGUUGCUCAUCAAUACAUCGCUUACAAAGAGUCCAACCAAUCAAGAAUCAAAGAAUAAAACGCCCAAAACAAGUAACCCUCUACAUGUAGACAGUGCAUAUAAAGAAAAUCCCAUGUCUUCAGUGUCUUUAGAUUCAUCAAGUAGCGAUGAAUACAAGACUGUGAAAAUGACGAAUCAGGAAAAACUCCAGAUGAAAACCACUAGUGAUACGAACAGUAGCGACAGCUCUGACGACGAAAUGUUUGAAUCAUUAAAAUUUAAUCAAGCUAAAAAAGAAAAAACCGAAACCCUUUCCAACUCGAUACAAACUAAUAAAGUUUUGAAAAAGAAAACAAACCAAGAAAGUACAAACGCUACAAAUUCCCCUUCGGCUUUGACCAAGCUAAAUCAGAGUGGAACAAAAAAUACUGAUAGUAAUAUCAGUAGUAGCAGUGACGAAGAGAACGAAUCGUUAAUGAAAUCACUCGUCAACAAAUCGCUAUCGGAGAGUCAAACUAAUCGAGAAUCAAUGAAUAAAUCGCCCAGAAAGAGUACGGCUCAGUCAACAAGUCUGGAAAAAGGCCAGACGAAAACCAAUAGUGAUUCGCACAAUAGCUCCGACAGCUCGGACGACGAAAUGUUUGAAUCGUUAAAAAUGAAUCAGGCCAAAAACGAUACCCUUCACAAACCUAUACAAACUAAUAAAGUGACGUUUCAACAUCAGACGAGUAGUAGUGAAGACAAGGAAAAAGAAUCGCCAAUGAAACGACAAACCGAUAAACCGUCACAUCAAAGUCCUACUAGCAAGAAGCCAGUUGACAAGAAAGACAGUAAAAACAUUAUGGAAAGUCCUUCAUCUGCAUCGAAAAUAAAAGCUAAACAAAAAAAACGUUUGACUUUGAGUGAAAGAACUAAACGCAGCCGAGAUGCAGCCAAAAACGACAGUAGCAGUGACGAGGGUGGAAUGGAAUUUUUUAAAAGACUGUCGACCUCAACUCCCAAAAAUGUAGACAAUGUGAAGAAAGAUAAUAAUAUUUCUAAUGUUACAUCUGAUUCGUCGAGUAACGAUAAUUGCGACACUACGAUUACUGUGAAAAAUGAUAAUAAUAUUUCUAAUGUUACAUCUGAUUCGUCGAGUAGCGAUAAUUGCAACACUACGACUACUGUGAAAAAAGAUAAUAAUAUUUCUAAUGUUACAUCAAAUUCGUCGAGUGGUGAUAAUUGUGACACUACGACUACUACUAAGAACAAUACUGUGAAGACAACGAUAACCUCUCAAAGCCACGCAAAAGAUCAGCCAAACGCCAAAUGUAAUUGGAGUAACAAUGUGAGGAAUUCGAGUAGCGAGAGUUCAGACAAUGAAAUGUACAAAUCUCUUAAAAUGAUAAUUGCUAAAAAACCUCGCGAAACACUUGGCGAUUCUAAAAAAUUAGUAACAAUCAAUAACGUAACUUUUUGCGAUACUAGCAGUAGUAGCAGUGAAGACGAAAAAGAAUUAUUAAAUCCUUUAAGUGAUAAGAACUCACCACAAAGUCGUAUAAUUGAUAACAAACCUCAAACCAAGAAAUCGCUACCUCAAAAAAUUAAACAUGAUAGUUCUUUUUCCUCAAAGGUGGUCAACCUUAAGGAUGAAGACAAUUGUUGUACUAAUGAAAAUAAUAAUUUAUCGUCAACAGAAUUGUUGGACAAGGAGAAAAGUAGAAAAAAUACUCUUUCAAUUUCAAACAUCACACCUGGUUCCAGUCCAAAGGUAUCAGGUAAAAGAGCUAGCCUGAAAAAAAAUGACACUGAAACUAAUAUUAAAGUAAACAACAGCGAUGACGAAAGUGUAGAAAAUUUUGACAAAAUAGGAAACACUGCUUCCCCUCACAAGUACUACGAGGGCAAGAGAAAAAAAUGCUUUAAAUUACCUUUAGAUUUAAUGACCAAAAAAGGUAAAAACCGCUUGUCUGUAAAAAAGGAGCAUUUAUUGAAUCAUAUAAUGAGUGGUCGUUAUAGUAGCGACAGAUCAGGCGAAGAAAUGUAUAAAUCAACAAAAAUAAAUACCAACAAGAAAGAAAGUGAAAUCGUUUCAAACUCCAAAAGAACGGUAACAAUAAAUAACGUAAUCUUGCAGGGUACGAGUAGCAACGAAGAUGACAAAGAUCCUAAUAGGGAUUUUAAUUGUCUGAAUGGGAUAUCGAAUAAAGUAUCCAAUACAAUUAAAAACCCUACAGAAAAUGACAAUCAUGUUUGUUCAACUAGUAAUUUACCGUACGAACAAGAUGUUGUGGAUGGGAAAAAUAGAAAAAAGAAAAGCAAGAAAAAAAGUAAAUGUGAUGUAUCUGAAAUGCCUUUGAUCGAAAAUGUCAAAUGUAGUCCAAAGAGUCCCACUAUGAAAUCAUCAGGCACUAAGAACUCUCAGGCUGAAAUUAUCAACCGAUUAACAUUAAGAGAAAACGACAGUAACAGCGAAGACAAUCUGACGCAAUCUAUUAAUGAAAUUUUGAAAAGUGCUUCAACUAAACUGUCAAAAGACGGGAAAAAAAUGAAAAAGAAUUCUAAAAUUCCAUUAGAUCCGACGAGAAGCGAUGAAGACACGACCCAAACUGGAAAACUCAAACGAUUAUCGAAUCCAACCAGCGUUCUGCCGAAUACCAAUAAUCAUUUGAACGACAAAAACUCCGAAGAUGAAACGUGCAAAUCAAAGAAAAAGAAAAAGACCAAAAUUAAAGAACACAAAAAACUUUCAAAAACCGGAAAAACGUUUCACGACAUAAGCAGUAGUGAAGAUGAAACUAUGUUACUAACGAAAUCUCUCAUAAGUAAAUCGGUUCCUGUGAAGACGACAGUUAAAAUAUCCGCCGAGGAAAAUAAAUGUACGGACGGUAAUGGUGAUUCUUCUCAGAUUCAAACAACAGAAACAACUAAAAAAAAGAAGAAAAAAAAGAAAGAUAUACAAAACAUCACCGUGGACUCUCCUUCAAUAAAAACUAAACAUACCAAAGUCGACAACACAUCGAUUCAGGAGACAAGCAGAAGUGAGGACGAAAUCAAGUUAUUAAAUAGAUCUCUUGUGAGUAAACUAUCACGUAAAAGUCCAACUAAAGUUGCUGCCAAGAAAGUCGAUAAAUCUACAAAUAACAAGAUUCAUAAAAAUAUUGAUGUUUCCCUGGAAGAUGUCGAAAACACUAGUGCCUUGGUAUCAGCAACUACUAAAACAACCAAAAAGAAAAAAAGUAAAGAAAACAAGAAUGUGGUAAUGAUGGAAUCCCCUUCAACUUCUAAAAAAAAAACCAAACAGGAAAAAAUAAUCAAAAAAAUUGCCAAAGAACAAUGCGACAGUAGCAGUAGCGAAGAUGAAAACGAAUUAAUCAUGAAAUCUCUCCAUAGUAAGUCUCCGACUACAAAAGCCAUGGCUAAUGUAUCCGUUAAAACAGCUAACAAACCUUCAGGUCUAACCGAAGCGAUUAAAACGCCAAGUAGUAAUCAAAAAGCAAAAAUAAAAAAAAAUUCAAACAAGAUUGAAUCCGCUGUACAAAUCGAGUCUGAGCAUAGCAACAGUUUGACGACAAAACAAAAGCCAAGAAAAAAUAGUACACAGGCCGAUAUAAUCAAAAAGCUUUGUCAAGACGCGAAUGAUAGUAGCAGCGAAGAAGACGAAUGUUCCUUAAUCAAUAAAAUCCUAAAACAAACCACCAAACGUGUAAAGGGCAGUAAAAAAGAAAAAAAAGUUUCUAAAGUUCCUUCAAAGUCAUUGAGUGUUGACAAAAGCUUGUCUACCUCAAAGAUCUCAAAAGCUGUGCCGUCGAACACGGCUAAAGUUUUGACACCAAUAAAACGUUCAAGCGGUAAUAGCUCAGAAGACGCUAAAACCCAUAAAUCACCGAAACAAAGUUCGACUGUGAAAGAAAAAAGAAAAUCUCAAAAGUUCAAAUUUACUAACUUAACAUCCCACCAAGACUCGAGUAGUAGUGAGGACGAACAUAAUUUACUAAUCAAAUCUAUUAUGCUUAAUAAGUCGCUACCUACAAGUCUGAAAACAAAAAAAUCUAUUGACAAUAAAAAUAACUCUUUUAUUAGCAAGAAGGAUAACUUUUCACCAGGUAAAAGUGUAGCCGACGACAGUAAUAUCAAAAAAAAAAGUAAAAUUAAGACAGGAUCGCCUUUGAGCUUAAAAGGCACUCCUAGCAAUACUAGAGAAAAAAGUCCGACGCCAAAAUUGUUAUCUGUAUCUGGUAAAAAACGCCAUCGGGUCGAAGUGAUAGAGCAAAUAACCCAACCUAAAAUUAAUAGUAAAAGCAAAAAACGACCAUUAACGUAUUCGAACAUGGAAGAAAUAAGUAAAAAAAAGAAGAAAAAAGUGUAAUAUAUUUUAUUAGUUAUAUUUUUAACAUAAAUUUUUAAUUAAUGCAUUGAAACAUGUUAAUAUUUUUGA